UAAGAAACCUAUUAGUAGAUAUAUUAUUGGCCUUUCUCUGUUCGGACUUGUAUAUAUUAUGAGCUAUAACCGCCAGUUCUUUUCAAUAAGAGAGUGAAAUAAUGGAAAAUAAGCCAUCUAGUUCACCAGCGAGCUUUGUUGAUGAGUUAGUUGUUCCAGGAGAUGUGGUUCUUGAUCUUUCAACUAUGACUAACCAGACUAUCAAGCUUGGUGGCGGCCUCCGUCAGGAUUGUGAUGCUGUUACUGUCAUCAAGGCCGGGAAGCUAAGGUUCUCAAAGCCAAACAAAUAUUGGGUCGAAAGCUCCCAUAAAAGGUACAUGCCUUGUGCAGAGGACAGUGUUCUCGGAAUCGUAGUAGACUCCAAAGCAGAAAAUUUUCUAGUGGAUAUAAAAGGACCUGCCAUGGCAUUUUUGCCUGUGCUUGCAUUUGAAGGAGGCACAAGGAGAAACGUUCCAAAAUUUGAGGCAGGUACUUUGCUUUAUGUUCGGGUUGUGAAGGCAAAUCCUGGGAUGAAUCCGGAGUUAUCAUGCACUGAUGCCAGUGGGAAAGCUGUAGAAUUUGGUGUUCUCAAAGAUGGGUACAUGUUUGAAUGCUCAACUGGUCUAUCAAGAAUGCUAUUGAGCUCACCAACAUGCCCAGUUCUUGAGGCUCUUGGCAAAAAGCUCUCCUUUGAGAUAGCAGUUGGCAUAAAUGGCCGUGUUUGGGUGAAUGCCACCUCUCCGUCAACAAUAAUUGUUGUUGCUAAUGCAAUCAUGAACUCGGAGACUUUGAGUGCGGUGCAGCAGAAAAUUAUGGUGGAUAAUCUGCUCGACAAAAUCCGGACAUGAUUAGAGCACUCCGAACAAACUUAUCUAUUGGAUCCACCAUUAUCAUUACAUGUAGAAGUUCCAACAUACCAGAACUUAAGGGUUACAAGCUCAUGCCCUCAUGAAUAUAAAAGGUUCCGGAACCAGUAUGUAGAUUCUUAGGCAGAGGUAUUCAUUUAUGAUGCUCGAGGUUUUCCAUUUUUCCUAUUUUAGAAGAUGUCCUCUGUAAUUCUCGGGUAUUAUAGAAGUACACGAACUGUUAGUAUCAGGAAUGCCCUUUCUGAGUACAUCUUUAUCAAUUCAGUUUGGCUUUUGAUUUUCUUUUUUGUUUUUUUAAUGAAACAAGAUUUCAAUCCAAGAAUUCAAAUUGAAGCUGCAUCAAUGCUUCUAAAUAUUUAUUGUGGAAA